AUGUCGUCCUACGGCUCGGUACUGCCCACCGCGGCACGCGGAAUCCUUUCCUCAUGCCGGAUUCCCCUGCGCGAGGCGUCAAUUGCACCGGCUGUCUCGACUUUCCAGCAGGUCCGCGGUCUCAAGAACAAGCCGAAAGGCAAGGGGAAAGAGCAGCCUACCAAGAGCCGGCGAGGCCCCCAGGAGUUCGUACAGAAGAACCUGAAAGACAUGCCACAGUACUCUCUGUGUGAUGCUAUGCGAUAUAUCCGGGCCAUCGAAGUCGGCCGCGAGCCCACCGUUCAAAAAUACGAACUGCACAUCCGCCUGCGGACAAAGCGCGACGGUCCCGUUAUCCGAAACAUGCUCCGAUUCCCCCAUGCCGUUCAGACCGAAUCCCGCAUCUGUGUCAUCUGUCCUCCCGGUUCGAAACAAGCCAAGGAAGCCCUUGCUGCAGGUGCCGUCCUUGUCGGUGAAGACGAGGUGUUCGAAGCUGUCAAGGCUGGCCGGAUCGAGUUCGAUCGCUGUCUCGCUCACCCGGACAGUCUACCCGCCCUUAACAAGGCCGCUCUGGGUCGUAUCCUCGGUCCCCGUGGUUUGAUGCCCAGCGCAAAGACUGGUACUGUCGUGGAAGAUGUUGCUGCACGUGUGGAGAUGCUCCGUGGUGGUACUGUGUACCGUGAACGUGACGCCGUUAUCCGUCUCCCUGUCGGACAACUGGGCUUCUCCCCCGAGCAAUUGCGCGAUAACAUGCGCGUGACUAUCGACCAGAUUAAGAAGGAUGCUUCCGCGCUGACUGACCGUGUCAACAAGGAGAUCUACGAGGUGGUACUGAGCUCCACCAAUGGCCCCGGAUUCUCACUGAACGGCGAGUUCCGCACCGACGCCUCUCCCGAAACAUCAGCCUUGACCGGCGUGUAA